AGGAGAGAGACAGCUAUCAGCUAUGUGGUUUAUGGUGUGAGAUCUAGGUUUUAGAGAUGUUUAGAGCCUAUAAAGGUUCAAAAACAAUGAGCAAGCAGCUAUUCUAUUCUUCUUUGAAACUAUUUAUCAAGGGGUAUCUAGGUAGCUCAGUGAUUGAAAGCUCUAAAUCUAAAGACAGAUGAUUUUAGGUUCAAAUCAAGCCUCAGAACCUUCCCAACUUUGAGCCCCUGAGCAAGUUACUUAACCCCUAAUGCCUACCUUACCACUCUUCUGUCUAGGAAUCAAUACACAGUAUUGAUUUUAAAAAGGAAGGUAAUGGUUAAAAAAUUGUUGCUAUAUAAAAUAUGAGAUGGAUUUUUUAAACUUCUUUUACUUAGGAAUUAAUUAGGAAUGAGUGCAUUAGGAGUAAGUGCAUUCCCUUCCCUGCAGAAAAGUACAGACUUAAGAUUUUUGUUUCUCCCUAUAAGGUUUCUCCCUAAGAAUAUGUGCUUGAUGGUUGGCUUGCUCACCAAAGCACUUUAGAAAAUACAGACAAAAUGUUAGAGCUUAUCCCUUGGGAAUUCCACAAGCCAGAAGGGAAGAGGAAGAAAGGUUUGCCUUGCUGUCUCAACCCUUGGUCUUAUUCUUAUCCUAGACUUCUCGUGAAACUUAAACAAAAGUACUUAACUGAGAACACUGGUUAAAUGACAGAUUUAUGAAAUUCUGAGCCAUCUUUCUACCUUAUGUCAUUCUUUAACACGGUGGCUUUAAUAUCUAUCCAAUACUCAUGUGUUGAAGAUUAUGAUAGCUUAUAUUUAUAUAGUCAGUGAUCCCUCACCUAUCAAUGGAGUUAUGUUCCAGAGAUCUCCCACGAUAACAGGGUUGUGCUUAUUUUAUUAUUUGUAUAUAUUUUAAGGCUUUAUAAACCCUUCCCACUCUUCUAUAAGCCUUUUCCAUACCCUUAUUAACCUAUAGUCACUGAGCCAAUCAGCACCCAGGAUACAGAACACAGUGUUGUGGUUGGUUGCCUUUCAUUCCAUCAGUCAUAGUGUGCUGCAAUAAGUACAACUCCAUGAUAUAGAAUUAUAUAUAUAUAUUCAUAUAUAUGUAUAUUGCAAUACAAUGAAGCUGUGUUAAGUGAACCACAAUAUAUAUUCAUAUAUAUAUAUAUAUGUAUAUUGCAAUACAAUGAAGCUGUGUUAAGUGAACCUGUACUUCAUAGUACUAGGCAUCUGACUUAACCCUCACAUGAACCGAAUGAACUGAGUAUUAUAGCUGUCCACUUUAUGCCCUCUGCACAGAUUGUCAUCUCCUAUCUCUGUGGCUUUGCCUAAGUUAAGUCCCAUGUCUUACUCAUCUAACCUCUUAGAAUCUCAAGCUCUCUUCAAGGCUCUCAUCUUCCAGAAAUUACCUUGCAUCUACUUCUCUCUGUAUGUAUCAUAAGUAGAAUGAAAGUCUUUAGAGUCAGGAGUCCAUCCAUUUUAUUUUCUAUUCCCAGCACCUAGCACCAUGUCCUUCACUGGUGGGUUCUUAAUAAUUUGUUGAACUGAACUGAAGAUACUUAGGCUCAACUUGGCUAAGUGACUUACCCAAGGUUGCACAGCUAGUACUUUUCAGAUGUCAGAUUUGUACCUAGGUCUUCCAAAUUCCAAAUCUGGCUCUCUAACUAGCAUUUUAUACUAUCUCUCAAUGAAGUUUAGGUUACUUACAUGAACUUUUCCAUCUUGAAAUAUACAUGUCACCUGGAAAUUAAUCAGCAAAUAUGGCUUUAUAUUCAGAAUAAUAUCAUCUAAAUAAAAUAUAGAUGUCCCUAACUCUUCUAACAUAAUUCAACUGAAAGAGGGUAUUAGAAGAGCUAUGAAACCUUUUCUAAAUCAUACUUGACUCAAAGAAUUCUUCUGACUUUUUAAUCUGAUCAAACUCUCUGGAUUCACAUUUAGAAACCACAAAUUUAUUGAAUUACUGAUGUCUGUUCCGUAUAUGUGUACUGUGAAGGUGAAUAACUUAAAAUGUAAAUCUUCAAAUGUUUGCAAAGCAAUUCUGUUAAUGUAUAAUCAUUGCGAUGAAUUUGUAUGAAAGUGCAAACAUAUUUAAGAUGAGAAACAACAAAAAAGCUAAUGAAAUUUAAAAAUUGAAAUCCUUGAUCUGACCAUGUUAGUGUCUGUUGUAUUUAGAAAUUUACUAUGAGCAUUUUUGCAAAGCAUAAAGUAUGUAAAAUGUUACCUGACAGAGCCUUAUAUCUUUUUACUUUUCUGAAGGUAGCCUUUGACUGCUCAGAAUUUGGAAAUGGAUCAUGUCCAGAGAAUGACAAGUCAUUAGGUAUUCGAACUGCCAUGUAUCUGUUUAUUUCUGGGGCUAUCUUCAUCACUAUAUUUGGGAAUCUUGCUAUGAUUAUUUCCAUUUCCUAUUUCAAACAGCUUCAUUCUCCAACCAACUUUCUCAUCCUCUCCAUGGCAAUCACUGACUUUCUCCUGGGAUUCAGCAUUAUGCCCUACAGCAUGAUCCGGUCUGUGGAGAAUUGCUGGUAUUUUGGAAUUUUGUUCUGCAAGAUCCAUUACAGCUUUGACAUGAUGUUAAGCAUGACAUCAAUCUUCCAUCUUUGUUCUGUAGCCAUAGACAGGUUUUAUGCCAUAUGCUACCCUUUGCAUUAUUCUACUAAAAUGACCAUUUCAGCAGUGAAGAGGUUGUUGCUUUUCUGUUGGUCAAUACCAGGAACAUUUGCUUUUGGGGUGGUUUUCUCUGAGGUAUAUGCUGAUGGAAUAGAAGGCUAUGAUGUCCUUGUUGCAUGCUCCAGUUCUUGUCCAGUGAUGUUCAAUAAGCUCUGGGGCACCAUUUUUUCUAUGGCAGGCUUCUUCACCCCAAGCUCUGUGAUGAUAGGAAUUUAUGGCAAAAUCUUUGCAGUAUCCAAAAAACAUGCUCGUGCAAUCAACACCAUCCCUGAAAAUCAAAGUAGCCAAAUGAAGAAAGAGAAGAAGGCAGCCAAAACCUUGGGGAUAGUGAUGGGUGUCUUCUUGUUUUGCUGGUUUCCUUGCUUCUUCACAAUUUUAUUGGAUCCAUAUUUAAAUUUCUCUACUCCUUCAGUAUUAUUUGAUGCUUUGACCUGGUUUGGCUAUUUCAAUUCCACAUUCAAUCCUCUCAUAUAUGGUUUCUUCUAUCCUUGGUUUCGCAAAGCACUGAAAUAUAUUCUCCUUGGUAAAAUAUUCAAUUCGCAUUUUCAGAAUGCUAAUUUGUUUACUCAGAAAGAAUUUGAAUAGGGACUUGGGAGACUUACUUUACGUUCUUGAAAGUUUUUGAAAAGUAUAGAAAUGUAUAUAUAUAAAUAUAUGUGUGUAUGUAUAUAUUUAUAUACAUAAACAUAGGAUAUAUGAGAGGAUUGGUCUGAGAGUCAGGAAGACUUGAGCCCAAGUUUCACUUCUAACAUAGACUGAUAACCAUGGAUGUUUCUUAACUUUUGGGGGUCUCAGGAAAAUCCUUAAGACUCUAAGUUAUAGAUACGUCAAUGAUUUGUACAAGUAGAAGUUUCCAUACUGUUAAUUUGAAGAGACCAAUAAAAUCACAGAUCUGGACAACAAUGACAGAAGUGUACACUGAGAUCUCUGGAUAUACAGUGUCCCAAAAGUGUUAGCUUUAAUAGUUUAAACAACCAAUCAAUCAAUAUUUAUUAAGUACCUCCAAUAUAGCAGGUAGUAUGGUAAGCCAUGGAGAUGCAAAAAUAGUCAAUAGACAAACCUCUGCCCUCACAGAGCUUACAAUCUAAUGGGGAAGUUAUCAUGUAAACAAAUAUCACAAAGCAAGCUAUCCAUGAGAUAAAUGAGAUAGGAAAUAACAGAAAGAAAACACCAGAAAUAAAGGGGAUUAGGGGAGGCUUCCUGUAAAAGGUGAGAUUUUAGUUGAGACCUGAAGGAAGCCAGAGAGGUCAGUGAAUGGAGAGGAAAAGGGAAAAUAUUCUAGGUAUGAGGGAGAGCCAGAGAGAAUUCCCAGAGCUGAACGAUGCUCUUGCUUGUGGAACAAUGAGGCUAACCUAUAAUAAGAUGUUUUAAGUGAUUAGCCACUAAAAAUGUCAGUAAGAGUUUUUGGACACUUCGUUAUAGAUAUAUGAGAUAAGAAAGGCAGAAUUAGAGCGAAAGGAGCAGAACCAGGAAAUCAUUAUACACAGAGACUGAUACACUGUGGUACAAUCGAAGGUGAUGGACUUCUCCAUUAGGGACAAUUCAAUGUCCCUGAACAAUCUGCAGGGAUCUAAAAAAUACUAUCCACAAGCAGAGGAUAAACUAUGGGAGUAAAAACACCGAUGAAAAGCAACUGCUUGACUACAGGGGUGGAGGGGAUAAGACUGAGGAGAGACUCUAAAUGAACACUCUAAUGCAAAUUCCAACAA